GUUUGAGCUAAAAAUAAAUAAGUAUUUCCGUCGCAAGAGGAUAUUAUUCGCAAAAAAUGGUUUGAGAAGAGGGAAGCGACUAGCACUUUUUUUUUGUAGUUUUCCGUUUAUAUUAUAAGGCGGGUGAUUUCGGAUCUUCCAUCGGAGAAUAUGAGCAACGUCACCGGCGAUCGCACUGACGACGGCCUUUCGACCGGCGUCGCAGUCUCCGGCUCUGCAGCCGUCCAGACUUCGCCUCCCACUGAUCGUCCGGUCCGCGUCUACGCCGAUGGGAUCUACGAUCUUUUCCACUUUGGUCACGCUCGAUCUCUCGAACAAGCCAAGAAAUCGUUUCCAAACACUUACCUUCUUGUUGGAUGUUGCAACGAUGAAACUACCCAUAAGUAUAAGGGAAGGACUGUAAUGACUGCAGAAGAGCGAUAUGAAUCACUUCGACAUUGCAAAUGGGUGGAUGAAGUCAUCCCGGAUGCACCAUGGGUGAUCAACCAAGAGUUUCUUGACAAUCACCGGAUUGACUAUGUAGCCCAUGAUUCCCUUCCGUAUGCUGACACCAGCGGAGCUGGAAAAGAUGUCUAUGAAUUUGUUAAGAAAGUUGGGAGGUUUAAGGAAACAAUGCGAACUGAAGGAAUAUCUACCUCAGACAUAAUAAUGAGAAUAGUGAAAGAUUACAACCAGUAUGUCAUGCGUAAUCUGGAUAGAGGAUAUUCAAGGGAAGAUCUUGGAGUUAGCUUUGUCAAGGAAAAGAGGCUUAGGGUUAAUAUGAGGCUAAAGAAACUUCAGGAGAGGGUCAAAGAACAACAAGAAAGAGUGGGAGAAAAGAUACAAACUGUAAAAAUGCUGCGCAACGAGUGGGUAGAGAAUGCAGAUCGAUGGGUCGCUGGAUUUCUUGAAAUAUUUGAAGAAGGUUGCCAUAAGAUGGGAACUGCAAUCAGAGACAGUAUCCAAGAGAGGUUAAUCAAACAAAUUUCCAGAGACAGGCUGGAGAACGGUGAGGCUGAUGACACCGACGAUCAAUUCUAUGAAGAAUACUUCGACCAUGACAUGGGAAGCGACGAGGAUGAAGAUGAACGAUACUAUGACGAUGAGGAAGAAGUUGAUGAAGAGAAAGAGAAAACCGUUAAGACGGAUGCGAAAGACAACAAGUAAGAACAAGUUUGGUUUGCAGAAACCGAAGGUUAGUUUACUCAUGACCACUUCUACUAAGUUCCAUUAGCCUUUCACUCUCUCUCUCUCUCUCUAUCUCUCUCCGUCAGUUAAAUGCAUCUACACUCAACAUGUAAUAUUAAUGUUUAGAAAGAGAGAGUGUGUGUUUGAUGCGUGUGUGUGUUGAAAAUUCGAACGUGGGUGCCUGUCUUCGGUGAGUUGUCUCAUCUUUGUUGAUUUUUGUAUACGCAUGGUUUCUCUUUCGCUACUUGGUAUCAUCUGUAUCAUUUGUUUCAUCUUUUUUUCUUUGUAUAAUGGGCAAAGUGUUAUGAAGUAAUAA